GCGGUCCACAUACAUGCACGACUUUUGUGAACGACGCAUGGCCAUUUGGAUAGUAAUAUACAGUUGCUCUGUCAUAAAGCCCAGCUGUAGUCUAGCCAGAUGGAGUCGUUAGAAAUCUUUUGAGUGUAAAGAAAUAACAGAAAAUCACAUGGUUUCAUAUAACAAAACUGGCCACCCAUGCAGCAAUAGUCUGUGCCUCAUUAAGUUGAAAUUUAGAUCUAAUGCGUUUUAAAGAUUGCACCUGCUUCAUUAGAAUACUCAUCUUGUUUGCCUUGAAUAGUGCUAUCUGUUAAGAAGACCCCUGGAACAUGAUUUUUAAAGUGCACAGUCUGCACCAAGAUGUUUAUGAAUUAAGACGUUAUGUUUUAGACUGGUGUUUCAGAUGAAAGGGGUCGGCAAGGUAACAAAAGGGUUGACGUCAUGCAUCGCAUCCACCCGCACUCUGAGUCCCGCCCCUUUUUAAUUUCAGAAACCGGCGUGAUUGGUCGAGCACGCUGCUAGACGCGUCCUAGUCUAACCGAGAGCCAAUGGGGGUGAUGGUUCCGUGUUGAUGUAAAAGAGUAGGCGGGGCUAGCUGGCGGAGAAACCAGUGCGAUAGACGCUCCUACUCACUCUGCUCUAGGUGUCUCCGCAGCUGCGGUGUUGAAUCGGCCACAUUUUGUCGCGGUCCAGGGGAUCUUUAACCAUGCAUUUCGGUCUUGUGGAUUGGUGCAAAAUGAUUUCGUCGAAUGUCAUCCGUAAAUAACUGGAUCCCGGGUGUGAGGAGGAGUGUGUGGCCCAUGUUGCUCUAGGAGUGAGUGAGUGAGUGUGUGUGGGUGUGGGCGUGUGUGUGUGUGUGUGUGUGUGUGUGAGUGUGUGUGUAUGAGAUGCUGGCCUGUCUGCCAGGGCCAGGUGAUCUCUCCCUUCAGCUCCACCCCCACUCGCAGAUGAACACUGGACUUCAGAAAUGGGACACUCCACAAAGGAUGAGAUCUGCUCAAUAUCCAACCCCUGCGGAAUUGGAUGCUUAUGCUAAAAAGGUUGCCAACAAUCCACUCACCAUCAAGAUCUUCCCCAACAGCGUCAAAGUCCCUCAGUGGAACCACGUUCGCCGCACAGUCAACGGACUUGACACCGCUGGCCCUCGAUAUAGUCCCUACCCCUCCUCUCAGGCCACUGCCAAAACUGGUCUCCUUGCCGUCGUUAAAGUACCCCUAGUCAAGGGUGUCAUCAAGGACUUCAACGGCACACGGGCACGUCUGCACCCGGAGGUGAUUAUGAAUGCUGCCGGCACCCCUUAUGCAGCCAGCUCGGCCAGCACUUUAAACCUGCACCACCCAUCACAGGGACCUCAGAGAGUGUCCCAGAAUCCGCAGGGGCUUCAUCCACACCCUCAGAAUCUCCAAACUUUGCAACAGCCUGGGCCUCCACACCAAGGACUCAGACACCGACCUUCCUCCUCCAUGCCACAGCAGCCCCAGGGUCUUCCAAGGCCCCAGACUCUGUCCCACACGCCUUCUUUAGUCCACCCUGGUGCCCACCAACCUUCAGCAAUCCUGCUUCCUCAGCAGCACCUACAGAACCCCCCUGCAAGCCUGCAGGUGGGUCCUCGAAAGUUAUCGGUUGCAGAUGCCCCUCCUAACGUGACUGUUUCUACCUCAACCAUUCCAUUGUCCAUGGCCGGAGGGCUCCACCAGGGACGUCAGGCAGACUUAAACAGCAUAGUGCACCAGAUAAGCCAGUUCUGCCAGGCUAGGGCUCAGGGAGCAAGUGCCACGUCAAUGUGUGAAGGGCAGAUUGCCAACCCCAGUCCCAUUAGCCGAAAUCUACUCAUCAACGCCAGUUCUCGAGUCUCAGUGCAUGCGGGAAACCCUAAUGCACUUGCUCCCGGCCUCAUGCAUCCAUCGUUUGCUAUUGGACCUCCUGAUAAAGUGACUGCUUCUGCGCCAGUGAGUGCGAUGCCUCCUCAUAACAUGGUCACAAUGAACCACGUGUAUCACAGUGGUAUAAAACAACAGCACCUACAGCAUCAAAGCCAACAACCACAGCGAAAUCCCCAACAGCCGCAGAUGAGGUCCUGGACUCAGCAUCAGCUCGCUCACCUACAGCACAUCUCGGAAGGGGGCAGGCACCCCUGCAAACCUCCGAAUCAUGACCCUGGCCUCCCUUGCAAGGGCAUUACCUAUACCCCAGAAAUGGGCAUAGGGCAGCCUUAUGCCAUUAAACCCUCAAGCCCCUCGCCGCCACUUGCUAACAACACCAUCAAUGCAAUGCCACCAGGUGUGGUGACACAUUACACCAAUGGACAGUACUACCACCAGCCGACGAUGUGGGGUAGUAUCCUUCCCACGCCGAACAGCGACAGUUCCGGCUCACAGGACCUCCCGGUGCCCUUCCAUGGCACUGGCACAGGCAAUACCAACCCCACCCCAGCGAUGGACUGUGUCUCCGCGGGAGGAGCGGCCCAUUACCAAUUAGUAGGGGGUGCCUUAAUAGGGCAGACUAAUCUGAUGCAAACAGCAGAUUACAUGGGAGGGGACUUCCAGACGCCCUGCUUCCGAGAUCAGAAUCUCAUCCUAAUGGGGAAAAUGCACAGACCACCCCCUAUGGGCCGGGUAGUGGUCCCCCCCUCCGAGACGCAAGGCCAGCACCCAGGGUACAGAUAAGCUUCAGCCUACAAGCCUCAGACACAGUCUCUUCUCAGUGAAGUCAGCCACACACGCUUGUCCUCGACACCUCCUGUUAGUCUUAAUGAAAUUCCAUUUCAAGAGGAACUGAAAGAGCUCAUAAUCUCAAGGAUGAUUGUUGAUGAAAACAAAAAAACAACAACAAUACAAACAUGUCUAAUGAAGAGCAGAGUUUUGUGUAAAUCUUGCAAGUGAUCAAUUUUUUUUUUCUUUUUACAAGUGUUUUUUACAAGGCACUAGAGGGAAUGCUUUUUUUUUCAUUUUUUUUUUUUCAUCCAAUUCUGUCUUGUGUCUGUCUCUAGGUGCCCUGGAUUUCAAGUGCUCCUGGGUUAUUUAUGAACGUCUUUCUUGUGUUAGUGCUUACUUUAUUAAAGGUGUCUUGUGAAAUAGAUCACUUUUGAACUAAGGGGCACCAGACCUUCUGUUCAUUGGAGAACCAUCAUGCUUUCAUUUGAGAGAUCUUUGUUUUGAGCCCGUCUUAUAACAUCAAAAAGGCUGAUAGACUCAAAGCACUUCCCUCUUCAGCGUGACACAUUUUUCAUCCUAUCUUUCUUCAGUGUCUGAGCUAUGUGGGAAUAUGCCAGUCACUGGUCCCUUCAGACUGUUCCUAAGUGAAAGCUUUUGUCAUGUGUUCCUGUGACACAGGGUACCUGUUUUUCUAAAUAUUUAGAAAUCAGAUGGAUUUGUUAUAGGCUUUAUGGAUUUAUGUGUGACAUUUGAACUGCUUUAGGCUUGUGAAAGGUUGAAACAUCAAUUUGUUUUGCUAAACGCUUUGUGAGCAGCAGGAAACUUAAAUGACAGGAACCGCAUACAUAUAUAAAACCUCUUUUACAGUCUUUCAGUGAUGCAACAAAUCAGGUGUCAUUUUGCAUUCUGAGUCACUAAUGUGAGGGAAGUUUUUUAUAAUGAUUGUGAAGGAUUCUGUCUUUUCUCUUUAAUGCUGUUAAGGCCAAAGCAGAAGAGCUACAGAUGUUUUCAUGUUAAAGCUGUGCUAUUUUUGUUUCACCUGAUCAUUAUACUCCCUUUAUUUCUUAACAUAUGAGAAACUACUACUUGAAUUGUAUAGAUGAGUUGUGCAGGUUCAGUUGGGUCAUAUGUGGUAUAGCUGUAAGUGGGUUUGCAGGAUUAAACAUACUACUGAAGGUGGUGUCUAUAGGCUUGUUGCUAGUAUUAUGAUGUAGAAACUAUGUACCAAAUCAAGGGUUUAUGAUCCUGCGUUUUCUAUAAUAAUGUAAAGUAGGAAUUGCUACUGACUCUUUUGUGAAGUGCGCUUUAAUUGACCAAAUUGAUCACUUGCAAGAUCAUUUGUGGUUAAAUUGAAGACUUUUUAAAAGCAAAAAAAAAAAAAGUCAAAAAGGUAAAACAGCAGGCGAAUUGAUUAUUUUAUUGUACACUGGCUUAUCUACUGUACUGCUGUAACUUUAAAGAAGUGUAAUAACUGUGUAUGAAUGUGGCUGCAUAUGGAUAUGGGUUCACAGAUUUAUUUGGUGUGCAUGUGAUGAGCGCAGGUGUGUGUGCGCUGGUGGGUUGGUUUGUCUUGACUCACGGUUGGUUUGCCUCCCCUCAACAGCCCUCAUGAAGCCUUAAGUAUUUGGUCCUUGGACUUUCCUUUGACAAACAAGCAUGAUUAUAAUAAAGGUAUAAUGAAUUCUGAUUUUGAAAAAAUAGUCUAUAAAGGAACAGCAUUUUUCCUUGUUUAUUUUUAUUAACUUGAGCUUUUGUUGAAUAGAAAAGUAGUUCUUUAGAAUUACUUUAUAAUGUAAACAAAGAAAUAAAGAAUAUUUUAUCGUCAUUGUUUUAUAGCUGUGUGUAGCUGUGGGCUGUAACAAAAUAUUUUCAUUCCAUGUUUCAAAGCUUCAGUUUUGCAAUUUGUGCUACUUAUAAAUCUGAACUAGAUUUUUUUUCCUCAUUUAAUUAUUAUUUUCAUUUUCAUUUUGCAAUUGCUGUUAAAUGGAGGAAGCUUCUAGAAGCCUUUCUCGUAUCUGUAACUCUGGCUGUCAACUGAAUGCGUGGGAAGAAUCUGAAGAGUGUGAGAGUUGUGCUACUUUUUUUUUUGUAAUAUUGUAAUAAAAUAAAGUUCUAAUUUAUGCUUUCA